AUGGCGUCGAUUUAUCCCAUGCAACUGCUACUGGUAAUUGCUGGUUUCAUUUUGCGUCUCGCAUUCCCUUUGGCUGCAUCACCUACCAUAACAACAACAUCAUCCCAAGGUGAAAUCAAAUGCGAUACUUGCACACCUGUUGUUCUUCCACCGCCACCACCAUCCCCUCCUGUGGUAAUUGAGUGUCCACCACCUCCUGCUCCACCUUCUUAUCCGCCGCCACUGCCACCAGCAUCCCCGAUGUGUCCUGCAUGUCCUCCAUGCAGCUUAUGCCCUCCACCGUGCCCCGGAUGCCCUCCACCACCUUGCAAUGUAUGUCAGGUUCCAUCAACUUCAGGACCUCCUCCUCCACAGUUUGUAGGUGGCGGUGUUUAUUCUCCGCCCAACGGCGCGGUUCCUUACUUCCCUCCACCUUCAUAUCAUUGGGCUGGUUGCUCCAGACAUUUGGAACUGAAGCUUUUCGUUCCCAUCGUUCUUCUAUUGCUGUCGGCCACUUUCAGCUUCUUCUAA